AUGGCUAACAAAGAAUCAAGUGAGCUGGGAAAUUUACCAACAUCCCCAAUGGCUAAGCGGGUCCGAACGUGUGAAGAAUGUGUACGGAGAUCGAUACCCCUCUUUAUCGGCUUGACAAAUCGGCAGCUGGCCUUUGGUUUUGAUGUGAAUUACAAUAAACAACGUCCGCCUAGAUUAGUUCUUGUUCCGUGUACUUGGAGUAAAAACUAUGUUAUCGGUCUCUAUGGUAGGAUUGGACUCCAAUGCUACAAUCUUCAGAAGGGAACGAACUUAAAGUUUAAACACUUGGAGAAACAUAGUACCGAGCUGACUGGGUACUUCAGCUACUACAUAACUUUGGAGGCAACCGAUCCGGCCACUGGCUCUGUCUGCUCUUUUCAGACUCAGUUUAGCGAUGCAGGACGCCGCAUUUCGUUGGGGACUAGGAUUACCUGGUUUACCAUAGCCUCCAGAAUCAAACAAAUACCUAACGAGCCUGUAGAUGAUGAAUGGGAGGAGGAGGACACACCUGGAAUACAUGAGUUGUACAAAGGUCCAAUACCCAAAUGGUUUUCUGAUGAAGCCAGGGAACGUGACAGUAAAAAGUAUUACGUGGUGCCAGAAUCAGAGCUGCAUGACAAUGACUGGCUUCAACUUCUCAUGGAAGUCGCCUUCUUCUCCAAAGCAGAUCGUCGUUUGGAUGCUUACCUACCCUUGGAGCUCAACAGUGUUGUUGUGGAAACUUUGGAAGAUUACACAACAGAGCCGAGUGAGAAGCUCAAAGCUGAUAACGCAAUCUUCUACAUUAGCUACAAGUGUUGCUCUGAUCCUUCAACGCCUUUGGCCGGUGAUCACCGUGCCGUAGUAAGGAAAACCAUGGAUGGCAAACCAGGGCACAUGUGUCUUGAGGUUGCUCUAACCAAAGAACAAGAAUGAAGAAGAGUAAUCUGCCUUGUUAUGAUCUAUCAUCAGUUAUAAUUUAUGAUGUCAUGUUUUCCAGACUUUUCUUUUGUUUCAUGUUUUGUGUUUUGUUUCAUGCUGGUGUUUUUAUGUAUUCAACACUCUUUUGAACUAUUUACUUUUGGUAU